AUGGCAUCUUCAUCACCCACUAUUACCAGUGCUUUGAUGCUCCCACCUCCCAGCAACGGUCAGACCCGCGCGGCUGCCGAGUGGUCGCGCGGCAUCACGUGGGACCCAGCUCAACAAGCUUUCAUCGUCGAGGUCAUCCUGCCGUUCCGUCGGUGGGAGACCUGCACCAAGUCUGAGGCCGUUACUUAUGCGGAGAAUGGCUAUAUCAUCUGGGACGCAAUCACCGGCGCCGUGAGAUCGUUCGAGACCAAGACCAACCCCAGGACGGCGUUUCAUCGCCAGAUAGAGAGCGUCGUUUACGCUGAGCAAGACCCAGAGUGUGCAGUUUAG